AUUUCAUCUUACAUCAAUUAUCUGCAUUUAUUAUCGGUAGUGAAAUAAACAAACCUAUCUAUGAAUUAUCAUUAGCAUUAUCAAAUGAACAAUAUCUAAUGCAAUCAUUAAACAAUACACAAAUACCAUUUUCAUCUUCUCACACUUGUAUUCAUCAUGAGUUUGUAUAUCAAGUAAUGAAACAUCCACAAAAACUAGCUGUUGAACUGGAUGAACAAUCUUUGACAUAUUGUGAACUAUUACAUUAUGUACAAAUAUUAUCUUUAACUCUUUUUAAUGAAUAUCAUAUUUUGCCAGGUGAGGUCGUGUGUCAAUGUGUUGAGCGAAGCUUGUCAAUGGUGAUUGGUAUAAUGGGAAUUGAAAUGGCUGGUGGUGUUUAUUGUCCAUUAUCACCUCGAGAUCCACAACAUCGUUUGCAUACACUCAUACAACAAACUCAAAGUCGUCUUGUUCUUGUUCAUCAUUCUACAACGUUGAAGUUUUCUAGUGAAAUCGUUCUAUGUAACGUAGAUUUCAUAUGGACUGUCGGUCACAUUAACAGUUCUAUAAUUAUCGAUCACCUUCCGGAGAUUGUAGUAAUGGCAGAGAAUAUUGCAUAUAUUGUGUUCACUAGUGGUUCAACAGGAACAUCAAAAGGAGUCCAAAUUCGUCAUCGAAAUUUGUUGUCUUGCAUUGAUUCUCUUGUUCGAUUGAAUUUAUUUACAAAUAAAGAUACUAUGAUACAAAUGGCAACUUGUUCAUAUGAUGUGCAUGCUCGAGAAAUCAUUGGUGCUUUAAACACUGGCUCAACGAUUGUAAUGCUUCGCCCUCAAGGAAAUAUGGAUUUAGGAUAUGUAACGAAGACGUUAAAUGGAAAACAAGUGUCAUAUAUGCAGUGCGUACCAACAUAUAUGAAUAUUUUUUUAAAAUUUCUACAAAAUCAUAGCGCUGAAAAGUUGAGCACUUUGCGUACUUUUGAUAUUGGCGGAGAAGCAAGCACAGUUCAACGAAUUGAGAAGUUGUAUACAUAUCUGCCACAAGCUUGUUCUGUAUGGAACAUCUACGGACCUGCAGAAACAACUGUCGAUUGCACAGGUUAUAUCAUAGGUAGAAUUCAAAAUAUGAUGAACAUUCCAAUGGGACGUCUAUUACCCAACUAUCGAUGUAUGAUUAUGAAUCAAUAUUUACAAAUAUCUGUUACCAAUGAAGAAGGUGAACUGUAUGUAGGAGGUGUUGGUGUAUUUGCUGGUUAUCUUGGACGUGAUGAUUUGACUGCAAAAGCUCUUGUUGAAAUAGAUGACAGACAAUUUUAUCGAACAGGUGAUCUUGUUAGAAUGGAUAACAAUGGUCUUCUUCAUUAUCAAGGAAGAAAAGAUCAUCAAAUCAAACUACAUGGACAACGAAUCGAACUUGGUGAAAUCGAACGAUGUUUACUUAACAUUACAUCUAUCUCUGCAUGUGUUGUCUUGAAAUGGAAUGAUGAUUACUUAGUUGCUUAUGUUCAAUCAUCUCAUAUCAAUGAAGAAGAACAACUACAUCAACAUUGUCAAUCUCAUCUUCCACCACAUAUGAUUCCAUCAAUAUUCAUUAUACUUGACAAAUUACCUUUGAAUCCAAAUGGAAAAAUAGAUCGAAAGCAACUUCCUUCACCUCAGUUCUCGUCGAAACAUCUCACAAACAGUAUAGAACUAUUACUACCAACAAAUGAUAUUGAAGUUAGUGUUCAUCGUAUUUGGUGUGAAAUAUUCAA